GGACCCCAGCCAUAUAAUAACCGUCUUUUUGUAGAUUUAGAGGCAAAAAAUACCAGUUCAAACAUCGCAUGGAGCCUGUAUACGAAUUUUUAUUCCAUGUCAUUCAGUUCUGCGCUAUGGAAACCUCAAAUACCCAGUUCGCGAGGCUGCCCAAAUGCAAACUCCAUCCUCUUCCCCGCGUUGGCACGAAGGAAGUUUCAGCUCUUCCCCACAGUCCGCCUCCUCUGCCGCCGCCACGCGUCGACGCAGAUCCUAGCCUGCGCAAGCCCUUCCCUUCAAAUCUAACCGGUAGAAAUACUCCUGCUGCGUCUGUUCCCCCAUCACUGCGCCUACAUCGUCUACGCAUCCCUCGGAAUCGGUCACAGAUUCGUUGCCUCCACGGAUGCCUCACCGCCACCAAGAUUGACCCGUGCGAGCUGUUCUUGAUGGAGGAUUCUUCCUCCUCCAACGACUCUGAUUUAGAGGACUUGCUCGAUGACGACAUCGAGCAAACGACCAUAAUCCUUGCGGCGUAGGAGAUCAUGGAUGUGAAGCCGAAGAAGCGUCAGGGGUCGACCAUGGGACGGCUGUGCAUCCCCCGGAACUGCGCUCGUGGGCACAAUAUGCUCAUGAGGGAUUAUUUUGCUGAGGUACCGGCUUAUCCCAGCGUCUAAGUAAGCUUUUCUAAUCGUACGUUAUCCCCAGCGCGCGAGCGAGGUCAGCUCUCUGCCUUGCGCCCAAAGAAGGCGGCACGCAGCACCGGCCGGCCGGCGCCGUCCAUCCACGUGCAAACAUCUCGCAGCAUCGAUCUCGUAAACAUGAAUCCCAUCGAUUUCAAGGAAGGAAACAUGGGGAGCACGUACGUAUGCAUCACUGCCGGCCAGGCCAUUUCAACAACGUAUGAAUUCUCUGGGGAUUCGUUGAUAGUAUGGGGAUUUGUUAAUCAAAACUUUCGUAACUUAUAUUCAGUUAAAAAAAGACAGCUCUCUUCUUGGUGAUUGAUUUGCUUAGUGGUGGGCAUAUGAUUUGAUUCGUACGGACUAUACGCGCGUACGGAUCAUUUGUUCCGUCCAGCCAAGCAAUACAACUAUCAGGUAGGCAGGUAUAUGCUAAGAGUCUUGCUCCCGUACAACCGCAUACUUCUUGAAGGCGUCGUCGAAGCUGGUGUUUCUUGUUUUCCAUUCGGGCUCUCCGGGAAAAACCCUAGAUCCCUCGCGGGAUCGGGCGUGGGCGGCGCUCUUGGAUCGCUUUACCUCUUGAGACCUCGCUUUGAAUGUCCAUCGGACAAUGAGACUUGUGGAGUGUUUUGGUAGUUUCGGCGGAGGCGGGUUCGUCUUCGGCUAGGUGGGGCGCGGCCUCGGGGCCGGCGUGGUAGUUGGAGCGGUGGCUCCGGUCUUUCGCCUCCUCCUGUUGCGUUGAGGUGUGGUGUCGACCUGGCUGGUCAUCGACCCGUGUGGAGCGCAUCAUCGGGCUGGCAUGUGGUGUCGUGUUGUAACGGUUUUCCUGCCAGUUUUCCUCAUAAACGGGCCAACUCUUUUCUCCUAUAUCAAUGAAAGGCAAAGCUUUUGGCUCGUUUCAAAAAAAAAAAACCCUCCCCAAAACUCAGUUUGGGUUUUUGGAUUAUUUAUUUAUUAUGAGCCCUCCUAGGCCCAGAUCUAAGCCCGGUACACCCACGUAUGGAUACACCAUGUACCGCAUAGGGAGCUGACAUACACCGUGGUUGUCAACACCGGGGGCGUGCGGUUCGUGGCGCGGACGGUGCACCUGGGCCAUCUGGCAUCCCCAGAGUUGCUCUGGCAGGUGAAGAAGUACGGCUCCCCACAGGGUGCCUUGCGCUCCCCAGCGACGUCUUACGCCGCGGCUCCCGUCAAGUGUCUCUUCUGCCGUCAUUGCCACCGCAACGAGCGGCCGCUGCUACAAGGGGUGGACCUGGAGAAGCUCGUCUUCUGAGCGUCCGAGGCGACAUCGUGCUUACCAGCUUUGCCGCGGUGUCGGCCAAUUACGGAAGAAAUUCUACACCCAUCUCCACACCCAACUGUUGG